AUGGACGAUCCAAUGAACAAGACCGACCGCGUAGAAAAUCAUACUUCUGAUCCGGAGAGCAUCCCUGAGAAGCUGACGGACGAGGAGCCUCAAAAAGAGGAAAAGGACUCACGGGUAGAAUCCGAGCGGGUUCGGGUUCGGAUUCGGAUUCGUUUCAGGCAGCCCAUAUACGCAAGUGAUACGGGUCCACAGUUCCCUCAAGAGCUGAUCGAGCGGAUCUGUGAAUACCUUUGGGAUGAGCCCCUCAUACUUCUCGACUGCAUGCGUGUUUGCCGUGCCUGGUAUCAUGCUGCACGGCGACUUCUCUCAAGACCAUGGAUGACCUGGCGAAACCGAGAGGCCCUGCAGGACGAUGCGCACACACUUAUAUCCCAUCGUAAUGCGCCAUAUCGCAAACACUUCAAGGACUUGUCGAUCUACGACGAUGCCAGCAAUCCGUUCGCCCACGUGUGGCCCAUGUUCAUUCCUGGAUCGAUGCUGCCAAAAGUGCGUUCCGUGGAACUCGUUGGCCUUGACUGGUCAACCAAGACACCGCACGAUAGCUUCUUCGUCUACCUGUCUUCUUACACUAGCGUCUGGAGCCUCGAUCUGCGGGACUGCAGGUUUCGCAGUCUGACGGAUCUUCGCAGGGUGAUCAAUGCCCUUCCCAACCUUACGUCGCUGGGUCUUCACAACGUGACGUUACAGCACCCCCUCAGACCGGGAUCGGUCCCCGACUACAUCGCUCUCCGAGCCCGUUCACACAAGCUCGAGUCUAUUGAUCUCUACAGUCCCGCACCGGAGCAUCCUGAUGUGCCUUCGGACUACCUAGUAGGAACAACGGCCCUCAAUUGUCGAGCUCUGACGCAUAUGGCAGCCGCGAACUCAUCCACUGUCACCGACCUCACCCUUGACCUGCGAUUCUUCACGUCGCUCUCAGCUCUUCGGCAAUGCCUAGCGCAUUUUUGCUGCCUGACCUCAUUCCAAGCACGGUACCAAUUCACCUCGAAACCUAGUAUGGUCACGUUCGAGGAGACGAUCCCUGCGCAUACAGAGAUCACACCUAUACACUCAUGGUCAAGGUUCACUCUUACGGACGUCCCUGAUCAAUCCGCGCUGCAGCUUCUACAGCUGCUUCUUACUAACCCUGAAUCGUGCAGCAAACUGCAGGAUUUCCAAGUCUAUCUUGCAGGCCGGCCAUCUGCCGCACUUCUAUCAUGUACUAGCCGUGCACUCCAUGCAUCUGGACAUCGGCUCAGGAAUCUCACGUGGCAAUGUUCGGUAGACCCAGAUCUUCAGUACACCCCAUCAAUCGCAGGCAAUACGUCUCUGCAAGGCUUACGCAUAGUCCUUCGGGACGUUGCCCCAUCGCCACAGAAGAUCCACAGUGCUCUCACCGCCGUGCUAUCUGACAUUGUCAGCGUGGACCUGCAGCACAUGUAUAUUCUUUUCACUCUACUCGAGGUUCUUCCUCAGAAUCAUGGACGGGCGCCCGCGGUACUAGAUCCUGCAGAGUCCAUCUCUGCGUUUCACACCAUUCUCUUGCGCAAGAUAUUUCGUGCGCUUCCGCUGUUCACCAGUAACGACACCGGUGUACAGAUUGCAUUUUACGUCCAAAAGUUACGGGACAAUCCUACCGUGGUAGCUGCUAUCAAAGCCUACGUGGUCACCCUCUUUACGCCGUGGUUGGAUCGCGGAAUAGUGCAGUUAUCGUUCUUUUCAGGCUUUGACGCUUCGGAUACUAUCACUUGCGUUCCCACGUCUGAGCUCAGAGAGGACAUAUCGAGCGACUCCAGAGGCGAGGACAUCGAGGAGGAUAAACCCGUAGGAGCGAAGCAGUAG